ACGAAAAUUUGGUUCAAUUCCAAUACGACAAUGGCAGAACCAACAACAGCCGGAGGCUCCGCUUCAGAUCCCAAUGCUACAAGGACAGUUCACGCCUAUAUUUCUGAUCUCCAGGACUUGAUCAAAACGGCCCAGGAGGAUUGGGGCUUGACGGCCGAAACGCAGUUUUCUUCAGACCAAGCCCUCGCAAAAUCGACCAAAGUCACGGAUUCUGCAAACGCAAUUCACCCGCUAGGUCCCGUAAAUGUUGGUCGAUUAGCAAGUGAAUUUAAACAAAAGAUUGACGCCGUUCGAAACAUAUUGAAGACUUUCCAGGAAACUACGCUCAAUCAAGCGAGUCUCGAGUCUAAUUUAGACAGUUCAUUGAGGAAAUUAUUGCAGAAUGAAUCAAAGAAUUUGCGCGCAGUUUCCGAAGUGCAAGAAAGUAUUAAAGCUUGCAAAGCUCUCGCAUUGAACGCAACCCAGUACGGCGUGGCCUGCCCUGACAUGAUUUUAAAACAAAUCGAGAGAGUGGCAGAUGAUCUGGGAUUGAAAUACACGUCCGACGAAGAAACGCCGUCAACUUCUACGCUUGCAGGACAUCUUAUCGUUAUAGACAUAGACUUUGACCCAAAGACGUACGCUAUUACUCACGUGAGGUUUACUCGUGCGUCUGAUAAAGGAGAAGAGAACCAAGUCAAUAGUCUAUUGACGAGCCAGUUGAGGUCAAAGGAUUUAAAAUCGUUCAAGACCAAUUUGUCUGCGCUGGCAAAAAUGGAUGCUUUAUACAAAAUACAUUCUGUUGACUUUUAUUCGGCUGUGAAAUGCAUUGCCAACGAUAUCCGUUCGAUCUAUGAAAAAGAACAUGCAGCUUGUAUGGGAAACACUCCAAGAAUAUUGUUGGAUGGUCAUGGCAUUGCACUUAGCAAUGUAGAUCGGGUUGGACCAUCCAUUGCGUACUGGACAACAAAAUACAAUAUAUUAGACAUAGACUGGGCACCAUUUGCAGAGGCUAAUUUAAAAGGCGUUGAUCAUGAUAUAUUGCGGUCAUUUCAUCGUUUGUGGGUUAAUAUAGAAGAAUCUCAAAGCGUGAAUAAGUUUCUACCUUCUGACAGCAGUCAUUAUUUGUUGGAAGAUGAUGCAAAUGAGGAUGCCUUGAAAGAGCAAUACGAUAUUACGACGUCUGAUAUUACGUUUUCAAUAUUGCCGACGCCAUUGAAAUUUAUACAUCCAAAGGCCAGUUCAUUGCCAUCGGCUCGCGUGCAUUUCGUCGCAGUACUGGAGCCACCAGUGUAUGUGUCUGAUAGUGUCGCUCGAGCUUUGGGCAAUCUGGCAGCGAUUACUAGCCGAGGGUUUAUAGUGACUAGUGCUUACGAAAAAAGAGAUAAUAGAGGUUUAGCGCUCGAACAUCUGCUGAUACAAGAUGCCGUUCCAGAACCAACAUUAACUGCUUUAAAUAAGGCACUUAGUCCAGAAACUCGUUGGGAAAUGCUACUCGAAGAUUCAACGUAUGUGCAAGUAUAUUCAUUCGAGAAUCUAUUUUUGACUAGUGCAAAGAAAAUUCAGCGAAUUCCAUUCACUCACCCUGAUCAAUUAUAUGGGUUUACAAAGCUCUUGAGGCAGCAACUUGUGUUUAACACACUCUUCCAAAGCUGUUUCAACGCAAAUAGUUAUAGAAGCACACUUUCUACGAUGCAUUCAUGUUUUGAAGCAUCUCUUGCAGAAGCCCUUUAUUCAGUCCCAGCAAGAGUGCACGUUAAAGUAGAAACUCAAGAACCGCCCAACCGCAUAUUUGUUACUCUUCCAAAUAUAAGCAAUGGAUCAUUUAUUACUUUACAGAUUCAAAUCGCACCGGAAGAUGCUCAACCGUACGUAAUGUGUCAUGCAGAUGACGUUCAACUGGAUCAUGCAAGAUUGACACGCAUAUUACAAGCAUGUCAGAAUAUACCGAUGCUUGUUCGUUGCAUAUUAAAUGCACUCACUGGAACUAUUCCUAUGGUCACUGAAAGUGAAGCACCGAUCGAUGUCAUAAUGGCCGAUCCUGUUGAAUUAAAUUUCGUAUUGUAA